ACUACGUCAAGUCGUCCCGUCAGCUCGGCGAAGAUGUCUGCGACGGGUACAGGCGGCUGUGGACCCGGACCCGGACCCGCCUCGGGCGCCGGGUCCGGGGCUUCCAACCCACGAAAGUUUAGCGAGAAGAUAGCGCUGCAUACCCAGCGACAGGCCGAGGAAACAGCCGCUUUCCAGGAGGUUAUGAUGGACAUCACCUCGACCAGGCUUCAGGCCCAGAAGCUCCGUCUCGCCAGGAGUCAGGGUCCGUACUACGGCGGCUCGCUACCCAACGUUAACCAGAUCGGCAGGAACCCUCAGGACUUCCAGGGCUCCUUCCCGUCCACUCUGGAGUCCACCCGGUCUACCCGACACCACGGUCUGGUGGAGCGCGUCCAGAGGGAUCGCCGCUUCAUCACACCGGUCCGACCGUACCGCAACCGACAAAUGGACAGCUCGCAGUAUAACUCCGCCUACCUGUCCCCGCCUCCGGACCCCGGCUGGAGAAGGACGAACUCAGACUCGGCCCUCCACACCAGCGUGAUGAACCCUCCCACGGGAGACCCCUUCACCACGGGAGGACCCACCCUCACCCCCCAGAGCAACAGACGCAGCGGUCAGAGUGAUGGAGAGGGCAGAAGAAUGUUUCCGUACCCUGUUCCCCCCAUCGAAGAGAACGUGCUGGACGAGGGGAAGCUGCUCAAACCCUGGGACACCAAGAAGUUGCCUCUGUUGUCGUCCCGACCCAAGUCCUGUGAAGUCCCGGGCAUCAAUAUCUUCACGUCUCCGGAGCAGCCGUCCGCGCCUUCUCACGGCAUCCCGUCGGCGCUGAACACCGGCGGCUCGCUGCCGGACCUGUCCAGCCUCCACUUCCCCUCGCCGCUGCCCACGCCGCUGGACCAGGACGAGCCGGGCUACCCAGGAUCCUCCUCUCUGAGCGGGGGCAGCAGCACGGGGAACCUGGCCUCCACGCUCACCCAGCUGGGCAUCAACGCCGCCAACGCACAGGCCGGCAACGGCGGCUUCCACCACCACCACACGCCAGGUCUCCUGGCGUCCCUACAGAGCACGCUCAGUAACCCCUCCCUGCAGUCGUCGCUGAGCAACCCCAACAUCCGGUCGUCGCUGAGCAACCACUCCUUCUCCAACUCCUUGAGCUCUGCGUCGCUGCACUCGUCGCUUAGCAACCCCUCUCUGUCCCUCAGCCCCUCCCCGUCCCUGCCGUCCUCCCUGAGCAGCCAAUCGCUGCAUUCCUCCCUCAGUAGCUCCUCCCUCCAGUCGGUGUCCAGCGGUAACCCCGGCUACAGCAGCGCCAGCGGCGGCGCUGGCGCUGGUGGCUCCGGCUCCUGCUCGGCCUCCUACUCGCCGCUGCUCGGCGGGCAGGGCCAGCCGGCGCUCAGCACGUCGCCUAGGAGACGGGCGCAGCUCUCCCCGCUAAUCCUGCCCAUGGGAGCGGAGACGAGAAGGCAUCACUCCAAACAGUUCUCCCCCACCAUCUCCCCCACGCUGUCCUCCAUCACACAGGUAACGCAUCCACGUUAACCACCCUAUCACACACCUGAGGUAACACCUCCACGUUAACCACCCUAUCACACACCUGAGGUAACACCUCCACGUUAACCACCCUAUCACACACCUGAGGUAACACCUCCACGUUAACCACCCUAUCACACACCUGAGGUAACACCUCCACAUUAACCACCCUAUCACACACCUGAGGUAACACCUCCACAUUAACCACCCUAUCACACACCUGAGGUAACACCUCCACA